UAUAAAUAUCUGAAACAAUUCUACGAAUUAAUCAGAGUUUUACAAGCUAACUUUGAAUUAACUAGUCUACUUCUUUUUCUUUUAAAGAAAAUUUUUUAAUAAAUUCAAUUUCUAAACAUGAAGUUCACAAUUGCUGUAGUCAUGUUAGCCUUAGCGCUUGGUGCACAAGGAUCAGCUAUUCCAUGGGCAGCACAUGGUUGGGGUGCUUGGGAUGAUGGUUGGCAUGGUGGACCAUAUGAUGGACAUUGGGGUGGUCCAUGGGGACAUCAUGCAGCUGUAAUUACACCUGGUAUUGCAUUAUCACAAGGACCACAUGGACAUUGGGCUGGACAUCAUGGUCAUGCUUCAGUUGCAGUACAUGCACCAGUACAUGGUCAUGGUCAUGAUGGACACUAUGUUGCUAAAACACUUGGUGCUGUUCAUACAGCUCCAUUAGCCGGUCAUGUUGCAUCAGUAUCAUCAGUUAAUGUUGCACCAGCACCAGGAACUCAUCAUUAAAUUCACAAUAUAUAUAGAUAUAAAAGGAAUAAACAUGAAUAAUAUAUAAAAAUGAAAUGGAUUAACUGAUCACCGAGUACCUUCAAAUAUAAAGAAUUGUUUUUCAUUAAGAUUUUCUCAUCUGUACAUAUACUUAUAUAUUGUAUAAAUUAUGGAUAUAUUUUUAUUUUUUCUUUUAAUUAAAGAAAUUUUUAAAAUAUUCCAUAAUAAGUACCAUUUUUACCUCUUAAGUAGUUAUUUUUAUUUAAUUAUGAAAUGAAAUUGAAUCAAAAGAAUAUAUAUAUUCUAUUUAAAAAAGCAAAAA